AUUUGUUCUAGCGUCACCCGAUCUUGUUCUUUGCAGAGCAGGCUCCAUCUCCUCAGCAUUCCAGCUGCCCUCAGCAGCACCACCCGCACAUCCGAACACACACAGUUCCCUGAGAACAAAGUGCAUUUCUCAGUUUCCACAAACUCCACAGGAUAGCUGCAGAACACACAUUAAGAAUAGCAUGUCUUUUCUGACUAAUCCACCAUUUAUUAGCCACUGAUUCAAAAUCCGACCACAAACUGGGCAUAUUUUUGGUUCUCCGGCAGAUGGCCCCAAACAGAGUGGUUGUAUGGCUUUUUUCGCUCGCGGGUGCACGCUACGCUACGCGCCGAAUCUGUGCCCAUCUCUCCAACCCUUUAUAUAUACACACAUCUAGCUAGCGGAAGUGCAGAAUCAACCACACCACUGGCAACCAAGCAAACCCGUGAGAGGGGAGCGUUCGCGUAUCGCGGUGUCUGAUGGAGGCGCCGGCGGCGGGGGCGCCGCUGCUGCAGCCGCGCGGCGGCGAGGUGACGGCGGAGUGGUGGGCGGAGUCGAAGAAGCUGUGGCGCAUCGUGGGGCCGGCCAUCUUCCAGCGGAUCGCGCUGUACGGGAUCAACGUCGUCUCGCAAGCCUUCAUCGGCCACCUCGGCGACCUCGAGCUCGCCGCCUUCUCCAUCGCCGCCACCGUCGUCGCCGGCUUCAACUUCGGAUUCCUGCUGGGCAUGGCGAGCGCCCUGGAGACGCUGUGCGGGCAAGCCUUCGGCGCCAAGAAGUACCACAUGCUGGGCGUGUACCUGCAGCGCUCGUGGAUCGCGCUGCUCCUCUUCGCCGUGGCGCUGACGCCGACCUACAUCCUCAUGGAGGACCUGCUGCUGGCGAUCGGGCAGUCCCCCGAGCUGGCGCGCCUCGCCGGCAAGCUCAGCGUCUGGCUGAUCCCGCAGCACUUCGCCGUGGCGAUGCUGGUCCCGCUCACCCGGUUCCUGCAGAGCCAGCUCAAGAACUGGGUCACCGCGGCCACCGCCGGCGUCACGCUCGCCGUCCACGUCGCCGCGACCUACCUGCUCGUGCAGCGCUUCCAGCUCGGGAUCGUCGGGGCGGUCGUCGCCGCGGACCUGUCGUGGUGGCUCGUCGUGCUGGGUCAGCUCCUGUACGUCGUCGGCGGCGGGUGCCCGCUGUCGUGGAAGGGGUUCUCGACGGAGGCGUUCGCCGACUUCUGGGAGUUCGUUAAGCUCUCCUCGGCCUCCGGAGUGAUGCUCUGCUUGGAGAACUGGUACUACAGAGUGUUGAUAUUGCUGACAGGGUACCUGAAGAACGCUGAAAUCGCUGUCGACGCACUCUCCAUAUGCCUGACGAUUAACGGAUGGGAGAUGAUGAUCCCAUUAGGCUUCCUGGCUGCAACAGGCGUGCGGGUGGCGAACGAGCUCGGCGCCGGGAGCGGCAAGGGCGCGCGCUUCGCCAUCGUCGUCUCCAUCACGACCUCCGUGCUGAUCGGCCUCUUCUUCUGGUGCGUGAUCCUCUACUUCAACGACCGGAUCGCGCUCCUCUUCACGUCCAGCGAGGUCGUGCUCGCCGCCGUGCACGACCUCUCCGUGCUGCUCGCCUUCACCAUCCUCCUCAACAGCGUGCAGCCCGUCCUGUCAGGGGUGGCUGUCGGUUCAGGAUGGCAAGCGUUGGUUGCCUACGUGAACAUCGGAAGCUACUACUUGGUCGGAGUCCCCCUCGGCGUCGUGCUCGGUUGGCCGUUGCGUUUUGGAGUUGGGGGAAUCUGGUCUGGGUUGAUUGGCGGAACCGCCGUUCAGACGCUGGUACUGGCCUAUCUCACUGCCAGAUGCGAUUGGGAUGAAGAGGCAAAGAAAGCAAGUACACGAAUGCGAGUAUGGGCCAGCUCAAAAUGAAGCCGCGGUUUCUUACAGCGAACAUUGGAGCUCAACAAAAGGAUUAUCAGUUGUAGACAAAAAUGUGGAAGGAUUCAAGGAACAACGGCUAUGAGCUCCAGUAGUCUUCAACUACAUUUGGAGUCUGACAGCCAGUUUCAUCUAUCAGGAGUUCAGGACUGCCAGCAAGACAUCAGAGCCAAAAAAAAGUACCAUAUUAGGGGGUUGUUUGGUUUCAGAGACUAAACUUUAGUCCGUGUCACAUCAAAGAGAAUCUUAUUAUUUAAAAAUAUUAAAUAAAUGUCAAUUAUAAAACUAACUAUAGAACCCUGGAGCUAAACUGCGAGACGAAUCUAAUGAGAUACAUUAAUCCAUAAUUAGCGAAUGAUUAUUGUAAUAUCACUAUACCAAAUUAUGGAUUAAUUAUGCUCAUUAGAUUCGUCUCGCGAAUUAGCACUCAACUAUAAAAAAAAUAUAAACAGAAUUUAUUUGAUACUCCAAAAUAGUAAGAUUCCUUUUGAUGUGACAGGACUAAGAAAAAGUCAUGGGAACCAAACAAAACCUAGAUUCUUUUAGCCUUGUAGAAUGCAGUUUGCGCUAAUGUUUAAAAAUCCAAGUGCCGAGCGCACUGUAAGGAAAACUUGCACAACAAUCAUUGGAGCAUCUCUAAGAGUACCCAUUCUUGUU